AUGGUCAAGAUCCGGAUUCAACAAGCACGACCAGUUUCAAUUUCUGCUUUUGCGCUUAAGACUGCUUACAUCUUUACGGAUGGAGCUUUCGAGAAAGGCAAGGGCACCUUUGGAGGUGUCUUUGUCUCUCCGGAAGGGGCUUGUCUCUCGUAUUUUGCAGGCGAGGUGAGCAAGAGUGCGAUGGAUGAACUUCUUUCGUCAUCGGCUCAUCCCAUAUACGAGCUUGAAUUGCUUCCAGUCUUGAUUGCAUUGCACGUGUGGGGCAGCAGGUGCAUAGCGCAACAAGUAGUAUAUUAUCUUGACAAUGAACCUGCAUGCAUUGGCUUGAUCAGAGGGUCGGGCGGUACCUCCACUGCUGACCUCUUGAUUGCCAAAGCGGUGAGGCUCGAGUGUGAGCUAGGCCAGCAUGCGUGGUAUGCUCGAGUACCUCAUGGGAACAUCGCUGAUGAUCCAAGCCGUUUUUCCUUCGAGCGCUUGAACAGGCUCGGUGCUGCAAGAUUCAUUCUAGAUGAUGACUGGGUCGCGAGCCUCGUUUUGGAAGCGGGGUGGAGUGGCCGGGAGGCUCGAUGA